AUGGUAGCUACACGAAAGAAAAAUGGCGAAACGCGCAUUUGUCUAGAUCCACGAAACCUGAAUCUAGCUUUGAAGAGAUCUCAUUAUCCAAUGAGAACAGUCGAAAGUGUUGCUGCUCGUAUGCCAGGUGCCACAGUGUUUUCUACCUUAGAUGCAAAAUCUGGAUUUUGGCAGAUUACGCUAAACGAGGAGUCAUCGAUGCUGACCACAUUUGGUACACCAUUUGGAAGAUUUCGAUAUCUGCGAAUGCCGUUUGGUAUAAAUAUAGCAUCAGAUGUACUUCAAAGAACAAUGGAACAGUUGUUCACCGGCUACCCUUGUGAGAUCAUUGUUGACGACAUACUAAUUUGGGGACGUGACAUUGCUGAGCACGAUUAUAAUCUCGAGAAAGUAUUGCAGAGAGCAAAGAAAGUUAACCUCAAGCUAAGUACAAAGAAGUGCAAGUUCUGACUCAAAAGUGUUUCAUACCUUGGGCACCGGUUCACAAAAGAUGGUCUCAAGCCAGAAGAAGACAAGAUAAAAGCAAUCAAAGAAAUGCCAGCUCCUGAUGGUCCAAAGGCUUUACAAAGAUUUCUUGGAAUGGUGAAUUACCUGCAUAAAUUCAUCGAUAAUUUCAGUGAAAAAACUGCUCUACUCCGCCAGUUGCUGAACAAAGACACAAAGUGGUCCUGGGAUGUACAUUAUCAAGUGGCUUUCGAGAAGCUCAAGAAAGAAAUCAGCAACUCUCCAGUGCUAAAGUUCUUCAAUCCUGCGAGACAAGUUGUUUUAUCCGUCGAUGCUUCCAAGAGUGGUUUAGGAGCAGUCUGUCUUCAAGACGGUUCUCCAGUGGCGCAUGCUUCUCGUGUGAUGACCGAAACGGAAAGUAGGUACGCACAAAUCGAGAAAGAAUUGUUGGCUGCAGUUUUCGCCUGCACAAAGUUUUAUGAUUUCACGUAUGGCAACAAAGUUGCGAUAGAAACCGAUCAUAAACCCCUUAUCACGAUCGUGAAGAAACCUCUACACGUAGCUCCAGCACGACUCCAACGGAUGCUUCUGCAACUUCAGCGAUAUGACCUGGAAUUUGUCUAUAAGAGAGGAAGUGAUCUAUUCGUGGCAGAUACCCUAUCACGUGCUUAUAUUAGUAAGAAACCCAAUCAAGAGAACCACGACGAGUUUGAAGUUAUGUCGGUUGAAUCCAUAUCACCUACAAGAAUGGAAGGUUAA